UGCGUAGGGCUCCAGAUUUGCUAGGACGGUCCAGCCCUGGGCAAGGUGUCUGUUCUUUGUUGUAAUUCCUGUACAACACUUGAGGCAAACCCUAUAUACAAUCGCAGGAUGGUUUCCUCUUACAUAUUGAUAACAUAUACCGUAUAGGCUACUGAUAACUAGCAAUAGACAAAACUACUGUACAAAACAGUAGCAACCAUACUGCUUAUAAAGUAGCCUCGCUGGUUGUUUGACUUGGGCGGCAGUUUAAAGACACAGUACUGGCGGAGCUUUUCAAAAGCCAACGAGUUCACUUGGAUAAUAAUGUAAGACCAGGAUCAAUCCAUUCUUCGCUACUGGAAGUAAGACGCACAUACAGUUCAUGGUUUGGGUGGGGGGUUGACUCACUGGACGAUAAGGAGUGAUCACCGGGUGUGUACUGUACAGGCACAGUGCUAACCGAGCGAUUUCGUUGUGGUACCAGCUGUCAAUCUCUUUCACGUGAUCUCAGAUGCUACAGAUGUCCUGAUGUCUGCAUGUGGGAUUUAGCCACAGUACAACACAGUCACAAGGGAAGUAGAACUGUCAACAGGUACAACAUUACCAACCCUGCAGUCUAACGUGUGACUGUCUUUCAGCAUGGCCAGCAUGUUCGACAUUGACAUAGAGACGGAAGAUGUCAGCGAGGCAGAGGAUGAGGUGUGUGACUUCACCGUGGCAGAGACAGACAUUGUCCAGACGGAAGAAGUGGAGCUGACCAGUGCCACCGUCAACCGAGACAGCGAGCGGGUCGGACCUGAGUGCUUCGAGCUGCUCACCGUCCUCGGGAAGGGGGGCUAUGGCAAGGUGUUCCAGGUCCGCAAAGUCCAGGGGGGACAAACAGGGAAGAUCUUCGCCAUGAAGGUCCUAAGAAAGGCUAAGAUAGUGUGUAAUGCUAAAGACACAGCCCACACGCGGGCCGAGCGAGAGAUCCUGGAGACGGUGAGACACCCGUUCAUCGUGGACCUGCUGUACGCCUUUCAGACGGGCGGGAAACUCUACCUCAUCCUUGAGUGUCUGAGCGGGGGCGAGCUCUUCAUGCAGCUGGAGAAAGAGGGCAUCUUCAUGGAGGACACUGCGUGUUUCUACCUGGGGGAGAUCACUUUGGCCCUGGGUCAUCUCCACUCUAAUGGAAUCAUCUACCGAGACCUCAAGCCAGAGAACAUCAUGCUGAAUCACCAAGGUCACAUCAAGUUGACGGACUUUGGUCUCUGCAAGGAGUCCAUCCACGAUGGGGCCGUAACACACACCUUCUGUGGCACCAUCGAGUACAUGGCUCCAGAGAUUCUGACCCGUUUGGGUCACAACCGGGCAGUGGACUGGUGGAGUCUUGGAGCUCUGAUGUACGACAUGAUGACCGGCUCGCCCCCCUUCACAGCAGAGAACAGGAAGAAGACCAUCGAUAAGAUACUCAAGUGUAAAAUCAACUUGCCGCCAUACCUCACUGUGGACGCCAAGGACCUCAUCAAGAAGCUGUUGAAGAAGAGUUCUGCCCAGAGACUCGGCUCCAGCAACAUGGACUGUCUUGAUAUACAGAAACAUCCGUUCUUCCGACACAUCAGCUGGGACGACUUGCUCAACAAGAGAGUAGAGCCGCCCUACAGGCCCCAGCUGAAGUCGGAUGAGGACGUCAGUCAGUUUGACAGCAUCUUCACCCGCCAGACGCCGGUGGACAGCCCCGACGACACCUCCCUCAGCCACGGCGCCCAGCAGGCCUUCGCUGGCUUCACCUAUGUGGCGCCGUCCGUCCUGGAGAGUCUGAAGGAGGGGUUCUCCUUUGAACCGAGAGCACGGACCAGACGACAGAACAGUAGCCCCCGCACGCCCAUCAGCCCCCCUAAAUUCUCUAUGGCCGGACCCUUCAAGUCCAGCAUGGAGGGAGAGCACUCCCCCCCACCAGCCCAAGCCCCAGCCACAGCAUCGCUGGACAACGGCUCAGCCUCUCAGCCAAUCAGGACGCCUGCCAGGAACAAGAAGCAGAAGGCCCAUCGCAGAUGAACGACUGGUGGACCAAUCACAGCACCAUCUUCCCUUGAUGACAGUCCCCUGUGUGAGGGUUGGCCCUAUGGGGCGGGAUCAGGCUUUGACUGUAAAACCCUCACAUUUUUGUUGUCAUGGCAACAUUAUAAUUAAUGCAAUGUUUUCACAUCUCUCUAAGCUUGUUGGUGUCUAUGUCGGGCGUGGCUUCCUUUUGCAAAGGAGGUGUGGUCUAAUAUGUGGGUGUGGUUUGUUUGAGUGGGCAUGGUCUCUUUCAGAUGACCGGGCCAAUUAAAACACACACACACACACACACACACACACACACACACACACACACACACACACACACACACACACACACACACACACACACACACACACACACACACACACACACACACACACACACACACACACACACACAGGAUCUGGUGUGAACCGGUUCUGUGAGCAGCUUGUAUAAAUAUUAUUUUGAGUACAUCAGUAAAGUAUUUUUGGCUAGCGGUGCUCAAGGACUGCAGGACCCUUCCCCUCCCCCUAAUCGCCCUGCAUUCAGUUCACUGAGGGACAGGUGUGUCCCACCGAUACUGCAAUCAGCAGGUGGCCAGGUGGGAACCAAUGAGAGGUCAUGCCUGCAGUAGCAGGUGUUGAGGCGUCCCGUUACUCUGGCUGUUUUACUGGUCGUUGGUUUCACUGAGGGCCAACACCAUGAUGUGAUACCAGGGGAGAGGGCGGUCACCACCUCUCCUCUCACACGCUGCCUGGCGAGUGGCGACCCCGCUCCCACCAGGCAUCUCUUGCAGGGUAAGUCAGGUCCUGUGGGGAUCAUAAGGCGGGAAUGUAUCUGAGAUAUAGAACGUUUGUAAAGAAUAUAACGUGCCCAUCUGUGAUACAAAUAUUUUAUUGGCCCUCUCACCGUUCCAAGAGGCUGCUAAUUGGACAAGGUUGAAGGUGCAGGUUUGAUUAAUUUAUGUCAAAGGAGUAAUCCACCGGACAAAUCUUUUUCUGUACUUACUCUGGAACUAAAUAUUUUGGAACAUUUAGCAGUCAUUACGGAAAAUUGUGCCAAAAAUGUGAAAGCCCUCAUUCUCAGGCUUCUAGAUAGCAACGGUUUUCUAAAGGGCUCAUGCAUUGUACAGGAGCAUCAAUAUGUUCUUGAUAGUAAUGGCGUUUUGGUCAUUGUUUAGUAAUUGAUCUGGAAAUGAUCUGUCAUUAUGGGAAGUUGUGUUUGAAAAUUUCUCAUGAGAUGUGGUGCAAAAAAAGUUUUUAUUGGGUUCCCGUAUAUUUACGUUUCGUUUGGAUUUUACAGUAGCCUACUAAACAUUUCUUGAGCCAUCAAAAAAUGGCGGAGCAUCGCCACCAGAAAGUCCUGUGAUGCAUUCUGCUACAAGCCGAAUGCACUGCAUGGUGGGAGCCCCGUCCAUGGAAGCGUUUUUACCGUUGCAUGAAAUCAGUCAUUGUGUAUUUAUACAUAGAAUAAAACUAAUGACAUGCAGAAUCAUAUAUCAAAGGGAGGCUGAAUUCCCGGUUAAUAGUAUAUACCUAAUGCAAGACCGACUGAUAAGCAUCAUAAACCCGACAUCCCUUUGACUGCAAAUAUAAAUCAUGCCUUUAAGAGGCUCAAACUGAUGAAGAUAAUGUACCCUGCACCAGAUGUCAUCAGAAUCCGCUUUUAUGUAGCCAAUCGCUGGGGGCUAGCUGCUGUCAACUUUUUUGAUAGUAGUUGUGAUUUGCAAUGGGUUAUGGCAGGUAACCGUUAACGUGGUAAACGGUACCUUGAGAUGACCGCAUCUGUCUACUUUGAGGUUGAUUUAAUAAAUUACGAAUGUUGGAAUGUAUUUGGUGCAAAAUAUAAUUUGCCUUGACUAUCAAAAAA